GGGUAGGUACAUUGGAAUCACCUGACAAUUUGUUGAUUAAGAGGAGACUCUGACUGUGCAGUAUCAACAUGGUUGGAUUUACCAAGAAGUCUGGACAGUCAUUUGUUUCAUAAGAAAGUGUCCCGUUCAUUUCUGAUCCGUGGUGUUUGAUAAGAGGUAGAACUAUGGAGUAUCCUCUGGUGUGGGUUCUCAUCCUGGUGCUGCUCAACUUCACUACAGAUGUCUCUGGCCAGGUGGUGGUUCCCUCGAUGAACCCCUUAGCUGUGGGCAGUAAUGUCACCCUGAACCUAGUUCCUCAAAGCCCCAUCAACAUAGGGACCUGGUCAUAUGAAACUACAACCAUCGUACUUUUCUAUCCUGGUGGCAGUAGUGUGGGUACAAGUUAUCGAGGCAGAGUCUUAUUCUCCUCCUCAGAGCUGUCCAUAAGCUCUCUCCAACUCAACGACUCAGGACGAUAUACCGUGCAGGGAAUGGAGCCAGUCCUGAAUGCUGUGGUGACUUUGUCUGUCCGGGAGCCCAUUUCAAACGUGACUCUAAGGGCCAACGCCACUGUUCUAGUGGAAUUGAACGACACUGCCAUGUUCACCUGCUCCGUCUCCUCUGGCACCUCCCUCUCCUACCGCUGGCUGAAUGGCAGCUCAGAGGUCACAGCCAGUGACAGAGUUCGGCUUGGUGGUGGGAACAGCACUCUCACCAUAGUCAGUGUGACACGACACGAUGAAGGGCCGUUCAGAUGUGAGGUCAUCAAUGGAAUCAGCAAUGGAACCAGCCAGCCCAUUGGCCUCAAUGUUAGAUAUGGCCCAAGUAACCUCACCAUGAUGGUAGUUCCUGAGAUGACCAUAGGACAUACAGCCUACAAGACGGGCUCUGACAUCACUCUGUCCUGCUCCGCUCAGUCCAAACCCGCUGAAUCCUACAAGUGGAGGUUUAAUGGGAUGUUCCUCAACGAGCAAAGCCCACAGCUCAGCCUGCAGAACACCAGAGAGAACCAGACAGGAAGUUACGCCUGCUUAGCCUACAACAAUGUCACACUCCGAUACGCCACCAUGAGCACAAUGAUAAAGGUUGUGGAGCCGAUAUCAGCGGUUUCGUUGAACCGUGAUGGGAAGCCACCGAUACUGGAUCAGUCGUUCACUCUGCGGUGUGAGGUGACUGGACCUGUAAACUACAUUCACUGGCUGAUGAACGGCCAGCUCAUCUCCCUAAAUAACAGAACAUUCUACUCUACUGACAACAACACAAUGGUUAUCAACCCAAUCCAGUUGUCUGACAAUGGAGAAUAUCUCUGUGAGGCCUUUAAUGCUGUCAGCAACCUGACCAGCAUGACAUACAAGCUUGUGGUAAACUUUGGACCAGAGAGACCUGCUAUAACUACUCCGGAUAUAGCAAUGACAGGACACAUCGUGACCUUCAACUGCUCUGCCUCCUCUCAGCCUCUCAGCCAGUUCAGCUGGUUCUUCAAUGGCUCCCAGGUUGCGACUGGCUCAGUGUAUGAGAUGGGCCCACUGACCUUAGCCUGUCAUGGAGAAUACACCUGUGUGACCUUCAACAACAUUACUUGCAGAAACAGCACUGUCUCCAAGAUGCUCACUGUUGUUGCACCUGUGACCAUGACCAUGGUGAAAGUAAUUGGAGCCCAGCCAAUACUGAACGAGAGAUUCUCUCUGACCUGUGGCACCGCUGGAACGGUUUACUCCAUUCAGUGGAUGAGGAACGGCUGGCCUCUGUAUGCUGACAACAGAACAGACUUCUCUAUGAACAACAAUACACUGACAUUCAACUCUGUCCAGCAUUCUGACAAUGGAGACUAUCAGUGUUCUGCCUCCAACCCCUUCAGCAACAUGACCAGCCCAUUCUACAAACUAAUCAUCAACUAUGGACCGGAGAUAACGAUUAUAACAGGACCAGCAUUAGGAGAAACAGGACACAGCGUGACCUUCAACUGCUCUGCCUCCUCUCAGCCUCUCAGCCAGUUCAGCUGGUUCUUCAAUGGAUCCCAGGUUGCGACUGGCUCAGUGUAUGAGAUGGGCCCACUGACCUUAGCCUGUCAUGGAGAAUACACCUGUGUGGCCUUCAACAACAUCACUUGCAGAAACAGCACUGUCUCAAAGAUGCUCACUAUUGUUGCAACAGUGACCAUGACCAUGGUGAAAGUAAUUGGAGCCCAGCCAAUGCUGAACGAGAGAUUCUCUCUGACCUGUGGCACCGCUGGAACGGUUUACUCCAUUCAGUGGAUGAGGAACGGCUGGCCUCUGUAUGCUGACAACAGAACAGACUUCUCUAUGAACAACAAUACACUGACAUUCAACUCUGUCCAGCAUUCUGACAAUGGAGACUAUCAGUGUUCUGCCUCCAACCCCCUCAGCAACAUGACCAGCACAGAAUACAGACUGAUCGUCAACUAUGGACCGGAGUUGCCUAUAAUAACAGGACCAGCAUUAGGAGAAACAGGACACAGCGUGACCUUCAACUGCUCUGCCUCCUCUCAGCCUCUCAGCCAGUUCAGCUGGUUCUUCAAUGGAUCCCAGGUGGCGACUGGCUCAGUGUAUGAGACGGGCCCACUGACCUUAGCCUGUCAUGGAGAAUACACCUGUGUGGCCUUCAACAACAUCACUUGCAGAAACAGCACUGUCUCAAAGAUGCUCACUAUUGUUGCAACAGUGACCAUGACCAUGGUGAAAGUAAUUGGAGCCCAGCCAAUCCUGAACGAGAGAUUCUCUCUGACCUGUGGCACCGCUGGAACGGUUUACUCCAUUCAGUGGAUGAGGAACGGCUGGCCUCUGUAUGCUGACAACAGAACAGACUUCUCUAUGAACAACAAUACACUGACAUUCAACUCUGUCCAGCAUUCUGACAAUGGAGACUAUCAGUGUUCUGCCUCCAACCCCCUCAGCAACAUGACCAGCACAGAAUACAGACUGAUCGUCAACUAUGGACCGGAGUUGCCUAUAAUAACAGGACCAGCAUUAGGAGAAACAGGACACAGCGUGACCUUCAACUGCUCUGCCUCCUCUCAGCCUCUCAGCCAGUUCAGCUGGUUCUUCAAUGGAUCCCAGGUGGCAACUGGCUCAGUGUAUGAGACGGGCCCACUGACCUUAGCCUGUCAUGGAGAAUACACCUGUGUGGCCUUCAACAACAUCACUUGCAGAAACAGCACUGUCUCAAAGAUGCUCACUAUUGUUGCAACAGUGACCAUGACCAUGGUGAAAGUAAUUGGAGCCCAGCCAAUGCUGAACGAGAGAUUCUCUCUGACCUGUGGCACCGCUGGAACGGUUUACUCCAUUCAGUGGAUGAGGAACGGCUGGCCUCUGUAUGCUGACAACAGAACAGACUUCUCUAUGAACAACAAUACACUGACAUUCAACUCUGUCCAGCAUUCUGACAAUGGAGACUAUCAGUGUUCUGCCUCCAACCCCCUCAGCAACAUGACCAGCACAGAAUACAGACUGAUCGUCAACUAUGGACCGGAGUUGCCUAUAAUAACAGGACCAGCAUUAGGAGAAACAGGACACAGCGUGACCUUCAACUGCUCUGCCUCCUCUCAGCCUCUCAGCCAGUUCAGCUGGUUCUUCAAUGGAUCCCAGGUGGCAACUGGCUCAGUGUAUGAGACGGGCCCACUGACCUUAGCCUGUCAUGGAGAAUACACCUGUGUGGCCUUCAACAACAUCACUUGCAGAAACAGCACUGUCUCAAAGAUGCUCACUAUUGUUGCAACAGUGACCAUGACCAUGGUGAAAGUAAUUGGAGCCCAGCCAAUGCUGAACGAGAGAUUCUCUCUGACCUGUGGCACCGCUGGAACGGUUUACUCCAUUCAGUGGAUGAGGAACGGCUGGCCUCUGUAUGCUGACAACAGAACAGACUUCUCUAUGAACAACAAUACACUGACAUUCAACUCUGUCCAGCAUUCUGACAAUGGAGACUAUCAGUGUUCUGCCUCCAACCCCCUCAGCAACAUGACCAGCACAGAAUACAGACUGAUCGUCAACUAUGGACCGGAGUUGCCUAUAAUAACAGGACCAGCAUUAGGAGAAACAGGACACAGCGUGACCUUCAACUGCUCUGCCUCCUCUCAGCCUCUCAGCCAGUUCAGCUGGUUCUUCAAUGGAUCCCAGGUGGCAACUGGCUCAGUGUAUGAGACGGGCCCACUGACCUUAGCCUGUCAUGGAGAAUACACCUGUGUGGCCUUCAACAACAUCACUUGCAGAAACAGCACUGUCUCAAAGAUGCUCACUAUUGUUGCAACAGUGACCAUGACCAUGGUGAAAGUAAUUGGAGCCCAGCCAAUGCUGAACGAGAGAUUCUCUCUGACCUGUGGCACCGCUGGAACGGUUUACUCCAUUCAGUGGAUGAGGAACGGCUGGCCUCUGUAUGCUGACAACAGAACAGACUUCUCUAUGAACAACAAUACACUGACAUUCAACUCUGUCCAGCAUUCUGACAAUGGAGACUAUCAGUGUUCUGCCUCCAACCCCCUCAGCAACAUGACCAGCACAGAAUACAGACUGAUCGUCAACUAUGGACCGGAGUUGCCUAUAAUAACAGGACCAGCAUUAGGAGAAACAGGACACAGCGUGACCUUCAACUGCUCUGCCUCCUCUCAGCCUCUCAGCCAGUUCAGCUGGUUCUUCAAUGGAUCCCAGGUGGCAACUGGCUCAGUGUAUGAGACGGGCCCACUGACCUUAGCCUGUCAUGGAGAAUACACCUGUGUGGCCUUCAACAACAUCACUUGCAGAAACAGCACUGUCUCAAAGAUGCUCACUAUUGUUGCAACAGUGACCAUGACCAUGGUGAAAGUAAUUGGAGCCCAGCCAAUGCUGAACGAGAGAUUCUCUCUGACCUGUGGCACCGCUGGAACGGUUUACUCCAUUCAGUGGAUGAGGAACGGCUGGCCUCUGUAUGCUGACAACAGAACAGACUUCUCUAUGAACAACAAUACACUGACAUUCAACUCUGUCCAGCAUUCUGACAAUGGAGACUAUCAGUGUUCUGCCUCCAACCCCCUCAGCAACAUGACCAGCACAGAAUACAGACUGAUCGUCAACUAUGGACCGGAGUUGCCUAUAAUAACAGGACCAGCAUUAGGAGAAACAGGACACAGCGUGACCUUCAACUGCUCUGCCUCCUCUCAGCCUCUCAGCCAGUUCAGCUGGUUCUUCAAUGGAUCCCAGGUGGCAACUGGCUCAGUGUAUGAGACGGGCCCACUGACCUUAGCCUGUCAUGGAGAAUACACCUGUGUGGCCUUCAACAACAUCACUUGCAGAAACAGCACUGUCUCAAAGAUGCUCACUAUUGUUGCAACAGUGACCAUGACCAUGGUGAAAGUAAUUGGAGCCCAGCCAAUGCUGAACGAGAGAUUCUCUCUGACCUGUGGCACCGCUGGAACGGUUUACUCCAUUCAGUGGAUGAGGAACGGCUGGCCUCUGUAUGCUGACAACAGAACAGACUUCUCUAUGAACAACAAUACACUGACAUUCAACUCUGUCCAGCAUUCUGACAAUGGAGACUAUCAGUGUUCUGCCUCCAACCCCCUCAGCAACAUGACCAGCACAGAAUACAGACUGAUCGUCAACUAUGGAUCGGAGAUGCCUAUAAUAAAAGGACCAACAUUAGGAGAAACAGGACACAGCGUGACCUUCAACUGCUCUGCCUCCUCUCAGCCUCUCAGCCAGUUCAGCUGGUUUUUCAAUGGAUCCCAGGUGGCAACUGGCUCAGUGUAUGAGAUGGGCCCACUGACCUUAGCCUGUCAUGGAGAAUACACCUGUGUGGCCUUCAACAACAUCACUUGCAGAAACAGCACUGUCUCCAAGAUGCUCACUGUUGUUGCAACAGUGACCAUGACCAAUGUGAAAGUAAUUGGAGCCCAGCCAAUACUGAACGAGAGAUUCUCUCUGACCUGUGGCACUGCUGGAACGGUUUACUCCAUUCAGUGGAUGAGGAACGGCUGGCCUCUGUAUGCUGACAACAGAACAGACUUCUCUAUGAACAACAAUACACUGACAUUCAACUCUGUCCAGCAUUCUGACAAAGGAGACUAUCAGUGUUCUGCCUCCAACCCCCUCAGCAACAUGACCAGCUCAGAAUACAGACUGAUCGUCAACUAUGGACCGGAGAUGCCAAUAAUAACAGGACCAGCAUUAGGAGAAACAGGACACAGCGUGACCUUCAACUGCUCAGCUUCCUCUCAGCCUCUCAGCCAGUUCAGCUGGUUCUUCAAUGGCUCCCAGGUGGCAACUGGCUCAAAGUAUGAGACUGGCCCACUGACCUUAGCCAGUCAUAGGAUAUACACCUGUGUGGCCUUCAACAACAUCACUUGCAGAAACAGCACUGUCUCCAAGAUGCUCACUAUUGUUGCGCCAAUCACCUCAGUGUCCAUAAGCACCAGUGGAACCCAGGCGAUAGAGGGUGACUCCUUUACAAUGACUUGCAAUAUCGUUGGUGAUCCUAGCUCCAUUCACUGGUGGAAGAACCUCACGUUAGUGCAUGUGGAUAACAGAACCCACGUCUCUUUCAACAACAGAACACUGACCUUCAACCCUGUCCAGUAUUCUUCCUAUGGAGAAUAUCAGUGUAUGGCCAGAAAUAGUGUGAGCAACAGAACUAGCAACCGCUACACACUCCUAGUGAAUUAUGGACCCAAGCAACCUGUGAUAGCUGGUGCACCCAUUGCCGAAACAGAACAAAGAGUGACCUUCAACUGCUCAGCCUCCUCUCAGCCUCUCAGCCAGUUCAGCUGGUUCUUCAAUGGCUCCCAGGUGGCAACAGGCUCAGGGUAUGAAGCUGGCCCACUGACCUUAGCCAGUCAUGGGGAGUAUACCUGUGUGGCCUUCAACAACGCCACUGGCAGAAACAGCACUGUCUCCAAGAUGCUCACCGUCAUUGAGGCUAUAAAGUCAGUGAUGGUGAAACGAAACAAAACGCCGAUAUCAUCUGACAACCUAACCCUGACCUGUGACGUCACCGGGCGCUAUGACACCAUCUACUGGAUGAAGGACAACCUGUCUCUGGUCCUGAACAACACCUUGAACUCUGACAUAACCAUCUCUAACAACUCUCUGCACUUCAGUCCAGUCAAGGUGUCUAACGAUGGAAACUAUCAGUGCGUCGCCACCAACCUCCUUCGCCCACACACCAGCCCUAAAUACCAGCUAUUGGUGAACUAUGGCCCUUUGAGUGUGAAUGUCUCUGGCCCAGGCUUAGUGGUGAUUGGCUCAGUAAUCCCUGUCAGUCUGAAGUGCUCAGCCGACUCCCGGCCAACCAGCGAGUACCGGUGGAAAUACAACAACCAAGCAUUGUCCGCGACUGGUCCUUUGAUGGCUGUAGGUGUCUCCUUGAAAAAUGCAGGGAUUUACACCUGUGUGGCCAAGAACUCUCUAACCAACAUCUCAAUGUCCAAGACCAUUAGUCUGGAUGUCACUGGCCACUCGCCUGCCCCUCCAUUCCAGUCCAGAGUUGGUCUGAUGUUGAUGGGUCUUGCAGCUCUCUCUCUGCCUCUGAUCAACCACUGAGACUACCACACUGCAUGUCUGCUGGCUGGGAGCCAAUCACUCCCUUCCCUCUACCCUCACUGACUCCCCUCGCUGAUCUGAAAAAAGAACUGGAUAGAAAUAAGUGGUAUUGUCAAUAUUGUAAUUGCCCAAUCAUACCAUCAUAGGACUGGGUUUAGUGUGCUUAGCUCUUUUCCAAUGCUUUUAGAUUGUGAGGAGAGAGUCAACCUGAGGUCAGAAGGGAGGGGCCUAUCCCCUUAGAAUAGAACCCACCUCAACAGUUUGUUUUUAUGUCAAUCAUCUCUAUAAACUGAUAUUCUUUUAAAAAACUGGUCUUCCACAUGGUAAUUGAAGGCGCAAAGAUUCGCUGCUCAGUUGUGCUGCCUAUUUCUGAUUCUAAAUAAAAGUUCUUAGAUAUUCA